CGCAGCGGGGUCGCUCGUAUUCUCGAUUGGAAUUGACACAUGCCGUUGCAAUGGAUACAUGGUGAUUGGGGAAUGCCCGCCAGAGCCUCCCGCGACCCCAUUUCAAUGCCCUCGCCAUCGCCCGCCCGCUCCGUCGCCGACUGUCCAUCUGUCGCGUUCACCAUGACGGUCGAAAAGCGUCCGCCCUUGAGCUGGGAAGCAAAGAGGACUCUGGUCUCGUAUGGCUCUGGGGUUCUGUUCUCCUUGGGCUGGUGGCUGAUGUUCGACGCCUGUGUCUACAGCAACGAAGCAUUCCCACAGGUCCCGUAUCUGACAUUUGUCUCUUGGCUGCCUGGGGUACUCUCCACGGCCGGGCUGAUUGCCGUGAACUCCAUCCCGGACCACCUGCUCCAGUCGCCGUCGCCGUAUCUCGAAAACGCAUUCGGCCGCACAACGUCCCACCCGUGCGCCCGCAUCUUGGUUCUGGUCUCGUUCUCGCUCACAUUCUUUGGCUUGAUCGGCGGGUUCUACGUGAUGGGGUCGCAGUACUUGAUGCCAGGUCUAGCAAGUAUCUGGCCGGGGGUCGCCAUCUGUCUUCAGAACUCGCUCGUCUUUGCGAGCACCUAUCUGUUCAAGUACGGCCGCUAUAGCGACCCGCUCCUCUAAUCGCCAGCCAGAGGCACUAGCACCAGUGUGUCUCUUUGGACUACCGACGCAAACGAUCCCAAGCCAUCCCAUCAUGCCACUUCCUGUGUACCGUGCAUCGCAGCACCUCCAACUCAAAAAACCGAAACAAUCGAAUCUCCAUGAGCCGAUCCCUGAUGCCACUCAUCACCUUCGUCAUAACGCAGCCCGAGACUGGCUUCAAUUUCGACAAAGCAGACAUUGCCGUGAGCUUAUGCGAUGCAGUCGCAGCAAAGCAAACUCGGAUAGUAUCCGUUUUGGGAGCCACGAACGGCCUCACCACAGCAAUCGCGGGCCUGAAGCCCAGUGUUUCUGGCUGCAUGAUCCCAACCGCGCGACUGCUUCUCGUAUUGGUUGGCAAUCAAGGUG